GGCAAAAACGAGGCGUGGGCGAAACCGCCGGCGCGGAGGGGCUGGGAAAGCCCGGGGGCUGCGCGGGCAGCGCCUCCCGGCCGGGUAUAAACGCCAGCACCGGCCGCCCGCAGCACCCGCUGCGCAGCCCCCGUCGGCGCCGACCCCGGACCGGCGAUGGCGUCCACCCUGGAGCAGGCGCUGGCCACCCUGGUCACCACCUUCCACCAGUACUCGGGGCGGGAAGGGGACAAGUACAAGCUCAGCAAGGCCGAGCUCAAGGAGCUGCUCAACCGGGAGCUGCCCAGCUUCGGCAGCAAGCAGAUGGACGAGGGGGAGUUCAGGAGGAUCAUGAACGACCUGGACCACAACAAGGACAGCGAGGUGGACUUCCAGGAGUUCGCCUGCUUCAUGGCCUGCGUCGCCAUGGGCUUCAACGAGUUCUUCAGGGACUGCCCCGCCAAGCAGUCCCGCAAGAAGUGACCCGCGUCCCCCCCGGCCCGGGGCACCGCGUCCCCGCUGGGCCCUUAAUAAAAACCUCACUGAAGCCUCCGA